AUGGAGCCACCAGCAAAGAGGCCGCGAAAGCUUUUCGACGAUGACAGCUCCAGUGAUUCCGGAGAUGAGUCCGGCGGAGUCCCUGUCAACAAUGGAGUUACCUUCAAGGUUAAUGAAGAAUAUGCCCGUCGAUUUGAACACAACAAGAAGAGAGAAGAAAUGCAGAAACUGGAAUCAAAAUUAGGUAAAGGUUCUGCCUUUGGAAAACGCGGCGAUGAUGAGUCCGGUGACUCUGACGAGUCAACCUCUGAAGAAGAGGACGACGACGGAGAGCUGGCUACUGAAGCGCUUGAUGCGGAAAUUAUGGCUACCCUCAAGGCAAUUCGGACGAAGGAUCCGCGUGUAUACGACCAGACCGCUACAUUCUAUAGUCAAGUCGACGAAGACCAACCGGCAACUUCUGAAAAGAAGCAGAAAACCAUGACCCUUAAAGAUUACCACAGAGAGAACCUCCUUAGUGGUGCCAACUUGGCAGAGGAAGAUGCAUCGGAAGCUCCAAAGACCUAUGCUCAGGAGCAAGAGGAUUUGAAGAAUGCAAUUGUCAAGGAAAUGCAUGCGGCUGCCAACGAGGAUGCAUCCGCCGACAAGGAAAGUGACGACGAUGAAGACUUUCUCGUUGCCAAGUCAGCCCCCGAGCCCGUAUCGGCGCCGAAGGACGUCAAGCUGGACCUUGAAAAUGCGGACAAAGAUCCUGAGACUUUCCUGUCCAACUUUCUGUCAGCUAGAGCAUGGAUCCCUGCUGGCAGAGCAGACCUUCAGCCUCUUGAGUCUGAUGAUGAAGAUGAUGAUGCACGGGCAGAGGCAUUCGAAGAAGCAUACAACUUCCGCUUCGAAGACCCUAGCAAGAUCAACACAGCGUUGAUUACACACGCUCGUGAUGCCACGAACCAGCAAUCAGUUCGCAGAGAUGAUAAGAGCGGCAGGAAGAAGCAGAGGGAGGCAGAGCGCUUGAAAAAGGAAGAGGAAAAGAAGCAACGUGAAACGGAAAAGAAUCGACUGCGCAAGCUUAAGAUGGAAGAGCUCCAAGAGAAGGUCAACCAAAUCAAGGAAGUCGCAGGCCUCCGCGCAACCGAGUUCACUGACAAAGAAUGGGCCAAGUUCUUGGAUGAUUCCUGGGAUGACCAAAAGUGGGAACAAGAGAUGCAAAAGCGAUUUGGCGAAGAUUAUUAUGCUGGAGAAGGUGAUGGUAAAAUGAAACCGAAGAAGCCCACUUGGGAUGAUGAUAUCGAUAUCAAGGAUCUUGUACCAGACUUUGACAAUGACGACGAGAAACCUGACCUACAGCAUUCCGAUGCUGAGAUGGAUGAUGCAGACGAUGCCGAGGGCGAUGAGAGUGCAUCCAAGAACAAAAAGAGCAAAGCGCAGGAAAGGCGGGAUCAGAAGCGUGAAGCUCGCAAAGAUCGACUACGCAUUGAAGAGGCAGUGGAUCGUAAUCUGGACCUGGAUAUUAACCUUCUCCCCGGUGCCAAGAAGCAUCAGGGUCAGUUCCGCUACCGCGAAACAUCUCCAAACAGUUUCGGUCUGACUGCACGAGACAUCCUGAUGGCUGAGGAUACCCAGCUCAACGAGUAUGCCGGAUUGAAGAAACUUGCUUCGUUCCGUGAUCCCGAGAAAAAGCGUCGCGAUCAGAAGAAAUUGGGCAAGAAAGCUCGGCUGAGGCAAUGGCGCAAGGAUACAUUCGGCAACGAAGAGGGUCCAGAGUUUGUUUUUGGUGGUGAAAGAACGGUUGACGAGAAAGAAGAUGCCACUGAUGCUGGAAAUGUCGAUAUCCGGGAGGGGGAACCCAGAAGAAAGAAGAGAAAGAGGUCGAAGAAGCACUAA